CCAGGGGCGGGGAGCGCGGCGCCGGCCCCGCCUGUGGCGCUCCGUGGAGCUGUUCAGCGCCCAGGUGCUGAGUCUCCCCCCGGCGUACGGAGGCUCCGGCGGCUCUCCCUUCCCACCGCUCCCCGGCGCGGCGAUGGCUCCGGCGCUCAGCCGUCUCCGGCAGGCACUCUGAGCGCCCGCCGCGCCCCGGCGUGGAUGCAGCAGCUCCAGGCGCCUCUGGCUCCGCGGGGGAACGCGGCAGAAUUAAUAAAAUAGAAUGCUGACAGGAUACAGAACAAGCAUAAUUUCGGAACUGCUGUUAUGCAUCAUUCUUCCCCAGCAACGGAAGAGACAAGUACAACUUGAUAUCCUGCAACAACCUUCAAGAUUUCCUUUUUGCCUCUGGAGUGUUUCGUUAUGGCAGCCUCCAGUGAACAAUGACAUCCUUUGACAAAUAUAGAUGCCAAAAAGCCAGACGAAAACAGUGGCCUUGUUUCAUUUUUACUGCAACACAGUGAAAUGGUGCUCUUAAAGAUUUGUUAUUGACUCCUACUGGAAAAAACAAACUCCUGAUCGGACAUUUCUUCCCCAGCCCUUUCUUCCCCAGUGUUCUUAUGGAUGCUUGACACAGUGACAUCAUGUAGUAGGCCCUGAAGUGUUGUCAUAAUUAAGUUGCAAUGGUUUUAUACACUUCCCCAUUUCCCAACAGCUUUCUGUCAGUUCUGCAUUCUUUUUCCUGGGGCCUGAUUUUCCCAUGUUACUGGUUAGCAGAUAGGCUUGUGGCCUCUUUUGUUCCAACCACCUAUGAAAAACGUCAAAGAGCAGACGAUCCAUGCUAUUUUCAUGCACUCUGCAUCAUUAUUACCACUCCCAUCUACUUGGCACUGUUGGUAGCCUCUCUUCCUUUUGCUCUGAUUGGCUUCUUGUUAUGGUCCCCACUCCAGUCAGCCAGAAGGCCAUAUAUCUACUCCAGACUAGAAGACAAGAACCAUGCUAAUGGAGCCACACUGCUCACUGAAUGGAAGGCUGCAGGGAAUGGGAAAAGCUUCUGCUUUGGCAGUGCCAAUGUUUGCCUGCUGCCAGAUUCUCUGGCAAGAUUUAAUAAUGUUUUCAACACACAGGCUAGAGCUAAAGAGAUUGGCCGGAGGAUCCGAAACGGGGCAAGCAGGCCACAGAUCAAAAUAUAUAUAGAUUCUCCUACCAACACAUCUAUCAGCGCAGCAAGUUUUAGCAGCUUGGUCUCCCCCCAGGGUGGAGAUAGCACAAAUCGUACUGUUAAUGCUGGCAUCAAAAGGACAACAUCAAUGGAGUAUAAAGGGGACAAUUCUGGCUCAAACAACAGUGAGGAUAGUAGAGAAGAUAAAGGUGGAGCUGGAGAGCCAAAUGAGGGAGAAGAAAACUCUUGCAUUGUCCGCAUAAAUGGAGAGGAUAAUGGCCACAUGUCAGACGCAGAAACAGAUACUGUCAAUGGCCAGGCUCAUGCCAGUGGCCCAGCAGAGCCCUCACUGGAAGGUGACGCAGAGAUCUCAAAAACACCUAACCACAAACAGAAGGAAGGCGAUUCUGGGAGUUUAGAUAGCUACUCUGCCUCACGAGAGUCUUUAGUUAAAGUUCGCGUUGGAGAUGGUACAGUGGACCAAAGCACUGUCAACAACAAGCUCCUCUACAAAGCUUCAAUCAUGAAGAAGACUUCAGUGCGGAAAAAGAAACAUACAGAUGAAACCUUUGAUCAUGAGAUCUCUGCUUUCUUCCCUGCCAACUUGGACUUUCUGUGUUUGCAGGAGGUGUUUGACAAAAGAGCUGCAGAGAAAUUGAAAGAGCAGCUUCAUCACUAUUUUGAAUACAUUGUCUACGAUGUUGGGGUCUACAGUUGCCAUGGCUGCUGUAGCUUUAAGUUUGUGAACAGUGGUCUACUUUUUGCCAGCCGCUAUCCUGUUAUGGAUGCUGCCUAUCACUGUUACCCCAAUGGAAGAGGAACGGACUCCUUGGCUUCCAAGGGAGCCUUGUUUCUCAAGGUGCAAGUGGGAAGUACACCUCAGGACCAAAGAAUUGUGGGAUACAUUUCCUGCACUCACUUGCAAGCUAUUGCAGGAGAUACUACUGUUCGAUGUGAGCAACUGGAUAUGCUUCAAGAUUGGCUGUCUGAAUUCAGAAAAUCUACCUCCUCCUCCAGUACAGCCAAUCCAGAGGAGCUGGUGGCUUUUGAUGUAAUCUGUGGAGAUCUCAACUUUGAUAACUGCUCCUCUGAGGACAAGCUGGAGCAACAGCAUUCUCUGUUUACACACUACAAAGACCCAUGUCGAAUUGGUCCUGGGGAGGAUAAACCAUGGGCAAUUGGUACCUUGUUGGAUCCUGAAGGAUUGUACGAUGAAGAAGUGUGCACGCCAGAUAACCUACAGAAGGUGCUGGAAAGUGAAGAAGGAAGGAAAGGAUACUUAGUCUAUCCCACCAGCAAGAACCACAGUUCCAGUCAAAAGGGGAGGAAGGCAUCAUUGAAAGGAAACGGGAGGAGGAUUGACUAUAUGCUCUAUACAGAAGAAGGUCUCUACCUGGAAUGGAAAGUGGAAGUGGAAGAGUUCAGCUUUAUUACCCAGUUAGCAGGCUUGACAGACCACCUACCAGUAGCAAUGCGUCUCAUGGUAUCUACAGGAGAAGAUGACCCUUAAAACUGACCAGCUUUGAGAGAUUGGGAGGGAAACGUUAAUGAUACUAAGAAAAUAUCAGAGGAUAAGAACGAACUAUUCUGGUGCCAUGUUAGGAAAGACGACCAGACCUGACCUGGGCUACUCCCAGAAUGUACCAACAAUGGCGGAUAUAAAAAGGGAAGAAAUGGAAGGGGUUGUGGCCAAAAGCCACGUCACAAGUUGCUCAGGCAACAGGGCAGGCCUGUACUACAAUGCUUUCACUGUGGACCGAACGGAGCCAAGAUGGAAGUCCUAAUUCCUUCUGAACCAGUGCCAUUCUUACUAAAACAUGUUUUUAUACUAAUAUAUAGCACAACUUAGUUUGUAAUUAGUCUGUGAGUUAGUGCUGCUCAAUGGUUUUUUGCAUAAUUUCUUUGUAUAACUAAGAAGCUAAAGCUUUUUUCUUUUUUUAGCCUGUUAAAAGUUGUAGUAGCGUGCUUGCAUCAGUAGCAUGCGCCCGCACUGCAUGCCACUCUGAGAUAAAAUAGUAAGAUACCAUGGGGAAUAUCAGAAUGGAAGUGAGUUCAAAAAUAAGAUACCAGCCAAAGCAAGGCAUUCUGGGACUGGCAAACCCUUCUGUCAUUACAGAUAGGCCUUCAAACAAACAGACAAAAACUCUGUUAAAUUUGCAGACCAAUACCUUCCUGUCCGAUUUAAGGAUACUUAAAAGAUCUGGAAUUAAGACUUUAAGAACGCAGUUCUACCCUUAUUCCAACUGUGUUCCCACUGAAAUCAUGAAGUGUUUUGUCUGAAUAAUGACUCCAGAAUUGGGCCUUUAGCUUUCUAAGCGCAACUUAUUCCCUUAAGAAGAAAUAUAAUUCCCCUGUAAUGUCUUUUCUUUCUUUCCCAUACAUGGGGCAGUUCUGAAUUACGGUAUGGGAUGAUAUGUAUGUUACAGUAGAGUGAAUAGAUUCCUGUAGUACCAUUGGUAACACCAGAGCCAAGAUUCUGCCUUAGCUAGAAAGAGUAAGUGGGAAAUAGCUUGUAAAAUGCAUGCUAGAUAUAGUUAAAAUAAAUGUAAGUGACAUUUUGGGGGAAAAAGUGUAGAACAGCGUAUGAUUGAUAAGGCAGGAUAACCUAACAAUUUUCUAAAGGAAUCAGUACGUUUAAAGGGAAAGCGUAGCAUGACUAGCUAGAGAGCAGAGAAUAGAACUGUGACUCUCGGCCUUAGGUAACUACUUCCUAGGAGCAGAGGGUUUGUUUAUAUCUGUGAGACACAAUGCUCCAUUUGUUAUGCACUCACAGACUUUAAUAGGGGUCCUGCCAUCUAAUUUGUAUGUUCUUUCCACCACAGCUCUUUAAAUGUGGGGCUCCCCUCUGCCAUCUUAUCCCCAUAACCUGACCUACCUAGCCUCUGUAACCUUAACAAAAAUAAUGAAAAGCUGAGAAUCAGGUCCAUAAUGAGACUUGGCAUUUUUUUUUAGGGAUUUAAAUUCAGAAGGGUUUGUGUUGCUGGGAGAACAAUGAGACUCCUUGUGUUUUAACUGUUUCUUCUGCCUACUUCCUGUUCAAUUUCAGUGAUAUUUCUUCUUGCAUUACAAAUUCCCUGCAUUAAAAAGAGAAGAGUUAAUCUAAUACACUUACUCCAUUAAGUAAACUGUUUUAGUUACACUGGCCACAAACUCCUGAAGAUGCUUUUGUUUUGGUUUAGUUUACACCUGCUAGGAAUCAGCUUGAGCUAAAUCAGAAUAGAUUUAAAUUGGAAAUCCCAGUCUGCACAGCCUCUGGUACUGGCUCAAUUAGCUACAGUAAACAGUGGAACUUUUACUUAGAUCAGCCUGAUUUUGCAAGUAGAGAAACUCUUAAUAGCCAUGAAAGUACUGGACUAACAGGAUUGGCUAAUUCCAAGUAGGUAGUAGGUCACUGCUCACACUCUCCCACUGCACCUGGUCUUGACAGGUUUUAUGCCUCAUUUUCCAGUCCUGGCAUCCCUUCAGCAGAGACUGCCUCUUAAAAGUGUUCUGUGCCAAACCAUGGGGUAGUCUGCAAGUGUAACCCAUGGGGACUCAAAAAUGGAACCAGACUCAAUUCCCCUUUUUGAUACAAUUAGGAAUUCAAGUUUACAGCAUCAGAGACUUUAGUGUACUAUCCCAGUGCACCACCAGUUUCCCACUUUGUAUGUUUCUCUUUAUACAGAGGGUGCACGUAUGUGCAAUGUGUUUUUUCUGGUUUCUUAUCUCUCCACCCGGUUCAGAAAAACUUGUACCUGAAACAAUGCUUUUAAUCCUAUUUUCUACCUUGCUUGUAUUUUAUUAACCUUUUUAAAAAAAAACAAACAGUAUCAGUAGCAACUUGUGUGCUGUCCAGCAGCUAAUUUCUCAGUAGUAAGAUUAAAUAUAAGGUACAGUAUUUUUAAUAGCUUUCCUAACAAUGUAAAUUACAAUUUGAUAUCAACUUCACUAAGUAUCAGUUGCGGGAGCUGAAUUUGACACUGUGUGGGAUAUAAUCAUAAAACUACUGCCAAACAAUGUUACAUUAUUUACAGUAAAACUAACAUGGUCUAAAUUCCUUUUAAAUUAGUUCUGUGGCUUUGUGCUAACUAAAAACCAGGCACUUUUGUCAACUUUGAGAUACACUGAGAAAUAUUUUUUCAAAUUUGAAGUAAACUGUUUUAGAUUUUGAUGUUCUUAGUUUCUCAGUGACCAAGAAAGUGAUAGUUGUAGAAUGUUCUCUCUAAACAAUACACUCAAUUUAAUCAGUCUAGGUAGUUCUUACUAAUUUACUGUCUUAAGGAUCUAACUUUGCAAGAGUGAUGCUGGGAGGUACAGCAUUGUGGCACCACUGUACAGACGUUCCUUGCUUUUCUGCGUUGAUCCUGUGCCUUCUGAUGCCUUGGUAUGCUUGCAGAACUUGGAGAGGGUGUGUACCAGUAAACUGUAACGAACAGGCUUUCCUUUCCAGAAGAAUAACAUCCUGGAGAAGAACGAGUUUUGUCUACGCCACUACUACCACAGUUCAUAUACUAUCUCACAGAGAAUCAUUCAGACAAUGCCUGUACCAGCAGGAUAUCAGUCAUUACAAGCCUUAGAGAGAUACUAUGUAAUAGAAUAUUUGCAUUUAAAAAAAGGGGGGGGGGAAGAGGGAAGCAGAGGAGGGAGAACAUGCCCAGGAAAUCAAACCCUGGAUAGCUUUUUCAGAUGUCAGUUCCACAUUGCUUAAGGAUAGCAUGACCCAAUUUAUUAGUAGGAGGUUAUUUAUAAGAAAUUUGAGUUAAGCUUACUCUACUAGGCUUACCCCACUUUGUACAGGAAUUUCAGGUAUCUUCAAGAAGUGGGUGAUAACACUAUGCUUAGUUUAAUAACUGCCACUGAACAGGGAUACUGUAGAUGAAGCAUCAUCUGUUUUUAUAAAAGCUAUAUAACAUCUUCUGUUUCUCAUGUCCACUUUGCAUUUUAUGACAGCACUUCUAGAACAAGUGAACAAAAGACACAAAUAAGGACAGCCAAAAACUAAGAACUUCCAGAAGUUUCAAGGAUGUUGGGUCCUUACAAAGUUGGUAUCUUUAGAUCACUUCAAAAACACAAACUACAGAACAUAGUCUCUCAGGCACAUUCAGAUCCAGUUCAUCUGUGCACUGUUUCUCUGGGGGAUGCUUUGCACCACAGCUCAGCCACUGAGGACCAGGGUAGUAGCACCUAGUGUAUAGCUUCGUGCUAUGUGAAAAAGCAUUUACUAUAACUAAUUCAAGUGGUGGCCAGCUCGUUUUAUCCCAUCACAAACUGGAUGCUUAAUAGAAACUGUCCAAAGCAACCAAACAUAAACUGUACCACAGACUGGCUCCAAGAGAAGCCUGCAGCCCGCUGAGGUGUAGCCUGCUGUAGGGAAACCCUUGAGAAAGCCAUCUGGUAUAACAAGUUUACCUAUCUUGUGCUAGCAUUAUGACAACGUUUUGUCCCAGAAGCACUCUCAGCUAGCCUGGCUAGACCCUCAGUCCUACUUGUUGGGUAAGACAGUAAGAUUUAAGGAACUUACAAUUCAAAUAAAGAUUGUGGUUUUUUAAAAUGGCCUUUGUUUGGUGGUCCAGAUUAAGCCAAUCUGACUGUCCCCAGCUUGGUCUCUGAGCUACCCUGGGAUCACACAGCAGCACAUCAGUGUCAGCACAUAUCAUCAGCUCAAAAAUGAAGCAUUUUUACCUCCUCCUGACACUAUAGGAUGAGAACAGAAAUACAAUUCAAGCACUUUGAAAAACUCCCAGUUUUAUCACCAUUACAAUGAGGGUCAAAUUGUUACUGAAAGUCUCAUUUUUCCAUGCCGUCUUGUUUUAAAUAUAAUCUUGAUGCUUUUAAAAACUUGUAUUAUUGCUGAGGUUUAGAAAUCCUAUAAUAAGAAUAACCUUUUUUAUUUCAAUGAUUUUUCGGUAUUGUAUCCUUCUGGAACCUAAUGUUUUUAUAUGGUAAGCACACACCUUCUGACAUUUUGUUAUAAAUGUAUUAAAAAAAUAAAAAUUUAAAUAUUUUCAUUGGUUUCUUUGCCUGCAAGAAAACCACAAUCUCAGACCUGAUAAAAACAAGGUAUUUUGAACAACAGGGAGGGGGUUUUGUCUUUUAUUGGUGCUGAAAGGAAUAACUGGUUGAUGCAAACAAAAUAAUAAAAUUUCAAGGCUCAAA